AUGGAGAAUAUUGAUCAAGUACAGGCCCUCAAGGCUUUGAAAUUGUAUAAAAGUGACUUCAUUGAAGGAAAAAAUGCAAACAUCCGAUCUGGAUUACAGUCAAUCUCAAGAGGCGAACCAUAUGAGAACUUGGCCCACUACAAUUACAGCAAUAAUUCUUCACAUUUGCAAGGAAACACCGCAGGAGGUGACAUUGGCACCCCCGAGAUUAAAGAGUGCAGCCAUCAUAUGGAGAAUGCUAAUAUCACCUUCCGAACAGAGCCUAGCCGCCAAAAAG